AUGUGGUCAGCUGCUAGUUAUGUUAAUCCAGAAUCAACUUUCAAACCUUGCAAAGACUUGGAAGUGUUGGUUGUCACCUCAAAGACAUCCCUACCUGUUAUCAUCCAGGAAUCUCAUGAUGAAGGCAUAUUGAUGUUAUCCACAGUAACUGAACUGAUCUCUGGUAUUGCACUGGAUGGAAAUACAGACAGCAACAUUGGAGAAUUAAUGAAAAUGCUGUUAUGUCAUCUUGGUAUAAUGUGUGAAGAUGUCCCAGAGUGUCCGCUUACCCCUGCAAUGUUAUUGAACAAAGACCUCUUUCUGCAUUGUAUACAAGACCUUACAACAGACAACUGUUUCCCUGGUAACGGUGUGACCGUUUCAUUCACGGAUGACGAAGAUGACAUCGCUACUGUUGACAAUUUUCCAGUCAGAACAAAACCCAUUCCUGAACGUUACAGUACUGUCAAAUUUUCUCAAUACAAAGAAUUAUUGAAAACGAAACUUUUGGGUCACGUGAUGAUAUAUACUGACGUCAUCACAUCCACACAAACCAUCGUGAAUGGAAUUCUGAGAUUACUGAAUGAAUCACCUCGUGGUCUUGAAGUUGUUGUUAUUGCAAGACAACAGACUGUUGGAAAAGACAAUCUUGGACAACGUCGUCCAUUUGUACAACAUAUCGCAGCCCUAGCCAUUGUUGAUGCUGUGAGGGACAUAUCUGGAUAUCAGAAGACGAGAUUUAAUCUCCGAAUCAAAUGGCCCAAUGACAUCUAUUUUGGAAAUAUGACAAAAAUUGGUGGUAUUCUGGUCAACUCUAUUAUUCAAGGAAGAUGUCUUUGGGCUGUCAUAGGGAUUGGAAUAAAUGUUGACAACCAUCAGCCAACAACUUGUAUUAACAAAAUCAUCGAGCAACACAAGUUAUCGAAAAAAAUCAGCAAAGAAGAGCUUCUUGCUAGAAUUCUUAACAAAAUGGAAGAACUCGUAGAAGACUUUCAGCUCAAUGGACCCGAAAUGUUUCUUCAAAAAUACUACUCACGCUGGUUACACAGGAUCUUUAGCUGGCGUAUCUUUAUUCAGAGGGUACAUCACGAAGAGGAAAAGCAACGAGGUCGUGAUUACGUAACUAAUUUUUCUUUUUCAUUCCACUAUAAUGAAGAUGGUGAAAUAGUUACAAUCAAAGGUUUGGAUGACAUGGGUUUUCUCUGUGUAGUUAAUGACUUGAAUGAAGUUAAAACACUUCAACCUGAUGGUAAUAGUUUUGAUAUGAUGAAAAACUUAAUAACAGUUAAAACAAGAAAAUAAUUCAAAUUAUUC